CGGUCCUUCCUGCCUCCUGUAGACUGCUCGGCACAGGGACUGGAAAUGAAUGUCAUGUGGGCAAAAACCAACAUGGUAUUUUGUUAAAGCGACAGACCACCAAAAAAAAAAAAAAUGAGGCUUGUUCUGCUUCAAAGAAAAACUCAGGGGGCUGUGAAUUCCCAUGGAUGGAGGAGACCUAGACCUCAUUGGUUCCGGCUUUGAGAGCAGGAGGUGAUCUCACUGAUGUUUGCUCACCACAGUCUUAUGGCUUCUACAGCAGCAGAACAGCAAUGGCAACUUGGAGUAUCCUGCUGAUCCCGCUUAUAGCGCCUACGCCACACUCACGGGCCCGCUCACGAUGGAGGACAGCAGAAGGAUCCAGAUGCUGGCAGACACUGUGGCUACUUUGCCUCGGGGACGAAAACAGCUUGCUUUGGCCAGAUCAAGUUCUCUAGGUGAAGUUUCCUGGUCUCAAAGAAAGCUCGUCACUGUGGAAAAGCAGGACAAUGGAGCGUUUGGAUUUGAAAUACAGACCUACAGGCUCCAGAACCAAAACAUCUGUUCCUCGGAAGUGUGCACCAUGAUCUACAAAGUACAGGAAGACAGCCCCGCUCACUGCGCUGGCCUGCAAACUGGUGACAUCCUUGCAAAUAUCAAUGGUGUGAGCACAGAAGGCUUUACUCACAAACAAGUGGUUGACCUGAUCCGAUCAUCAGGAAAUCUGCUAACGAUAGAGACUCUUAACGGAACAAUGAUUCACAGGAGAGCAGAGCUCGAAGCAAAGCUGCAGGCGUUAAAGCAAACCUUGAAGAAAAAAUGGGUGGAGCUCAGGUCUCUGCACUUACAGGAACAGCGCCUGCUGCAUGGAGAUGUGGCUGACUCCCAAAACUUGGGAAACAUGGACCUGGAUGAGUUGUCCUUGUUUGGAAACCUGCUGGGGCCAGGCCCAGCUCCCCUGGACCAAAACCGACUGCCCAGUGAGAGCAGCAGCUGUAAGAGCCGUUUGAGCUCCCUGACCAUGGACAGUGAGGAUGGCUACCGGACAAGUGUGUCUGAGGACUCCAGCCGGGGCGCCUUCAGCCGGCAAACCAGCACGGAUGACGAGUGCUUUCUCUCUAAGGACGGAGAUGACAUUCUGAGGAAUGCUUCUUCCAGGAGAAACCGAAGCAUCAGUAUCACCAGCAGUGGCUCCUUAUCCCCGUUGUGGGAAGGCAAUUACUCAAGCAUGUUUGGGACUCUGCCCCGGAAGAGCAGACGGGGAAGUGUCCGGAAGCAAAUUUUGAAAUUCAUUCCUGGCCUUCAUCGUGCAGUGGAAGAGGAAGAGAGUCGCUUCUGAUGGGUGUGGCAGAGACCCUUUGAAUCGGCUGGGCUCACAGUUCUCUCUCUACUUGCCUAGAUGAGCUCCACCUGGCUUGGUGGGGCAAUACAGCCUGACUGCCAAGUUCACAUCCCAAUUCACAGCAGCAUCGACCUUCAUGUUCUUACAUUGUUAUUUUUGGGUCUUAUAUCAUUUUUAUUUCAUCCAGUACAUCUCAAGUUCUAAGCAGACAUCAGGGGGGAAAAAGCAAUAGAUUAGAUAACAUAAUAAAUAAUAUGCCUGUUCAUUCUAAUGCUGGACACAAAAGUACAAAAGUAUUUAUUUUACUAUGCUUGUAAAAAAAAAAAAAACCAGAGAACUCUUUGGAGUCAAGAGUGAACACGGAGAGACAGGGAAUAAUUAUUGGGUUGCCUUCCAUAGGUUAAUUUGGUAGACUACAAAACUUUUUGUUUGCUUAAUUUCCUCAGUAGCCUCUGGGGGCAGCCUUUGCAAGAGAGAAUUGAAGUUUUUCAAACUAUUAAAUGAUCAUAAAUAAACAAAAAUAACUAUCAGCGUCGCCUUACUUUGACAGUAACAGCGAGGAAGGAGGUUAGCGUUGGAGGUGAAGAGCUGAGCUCCCUAAGAAGCAUGGAAUGGGGUACUGAGGUGGGGCGCUUGGGACUGUCACCCUGCUUUUUUUGUAAUGAUCUCUAAAUAAGAUGAAUGAAAAUUUUUUUGGACAUUUCAAUUUUUUUCUACCUAAACAUGGAUGCCAAAUCUAGAAAUCUCAGGAUCCUGUAGCUCUGUGAUUAUAUUUUGCUAUAAAUGUCUAAACUUCUAAAAAGGAGAAUGGGAAAAGAACUUGUCUUUCUUGCUUCUCCUCAGUAGACAUUCUGCGUAGGUGCUGCCUCAGUCCUUGCUUCCCUGUAUUAUAUCCUCACCUUUCCAUCAUUUUAUAUUUUAUUUCAACAUCCAUUAAAGGCUUUGUUCUU